AUGUAUCCGCUCAAAGUAUUCAGAAGGUUACUACACAAUAGUGGUGAGAGUUUCGACAGUUAUUUAGAAAAAGCGUUUUGUAUCGUGAGGAAACACUGGAUUAUCCAUCACAUCCCUAUUUUUAGAAGAAACCUUGACGUCAUGGUGGUGCCGAGAAAAACGUUCGCCGCUGGAGUCCUAGUGGUUUUCUGCGCUGUCGCCAUGAUGGCUACGUGCGCCGCUACUUUUAAUCGGGAUGGAUACGAAGAACCGCUCGAAGGUCUAACUAACCACCGCGGCAAAGGACAUCGUCGUUUGUCUUUACGUUACGAGCCAGAAGAUGCUGACGAGUACCUGACCAACAUCAGGCAACAAAGCGUCGAAUCAUUCGUCCCCAACGAAGACGGGAACAUCCCAGGUCUCUACACUAACUCCGGACGCGCAAAGAAUAACGAUAAAAGGGGUGUCUUCCGCUACGGCUAA